AGCUUGGGGGGCGUGCUGUGUUAUUAUCCACGCCUACACGUCUGUUGCGCCAUAAACUGGAGCUAUUAUUGGCUCAGAGAAAAUGCCUCUUUUCAGGUGUGUCACGGUGAAACUAGCUCUGCCCUGUGGUUUCCCUACUUUCUCUCUAUCUAGGUUGCCUUGCUUCUGUGUCUGACCCCACUUCUUCUUGGGCAGAGCAAGCAUGAAGAAAGCUGUUUGCUGGAUGUCUUGCCUGUUUGCUGCCACACAUUAGAUUUUGUAUUUUAAUUCUUAAAUGGAAUUUUUUCCUUUGGAUAUAGCCUGCUUAUUAUUCACAUGUUGGCCUAGUGGGACAUGAUUGUUUCUGCUCCAGUUAACCUUCCUAUAUGUUUGACAAAACAAUGGAGUUCUUUGGGAGCAAAACACAAGAAUGCCAUUGAGCGCUGACAACAUGCCAGGGACGUUUUGGACGGUUCUCACGGACGGUCUUCAGUGCAGAAAGAUUAGGUUAUGUGGUUAUCAUGUGGCUUCACAGCUGAAGAAGAAUUGCUUCUUCAAUCUUUGUUGAAUUUGUAAAUGGGAUAAUAUGGGUCCUUCUGUUUUGACCACUGUGGAGGAUUUGAGGAAUAUUCGACUGUCGUUAUGGGAACUGCACAAACUGCUCACAGACCUGCCUGAUGACAUGCUGGAGGACAGCAGAGACUCCACCCCAGAGCUUGAGUACUCUACCUGCAGCAAUAAAAACACCAGGAACAGCCCACAGUCAACAUGGACUCAGCAAUGGUCAAAUCCUCCAAAGCCAAUCUCUCAUGAGCAGAACUAUGACGGUGACUAUGAUCUGGGCUCUCGUGACGAGUACACUUACGAGGAUGUUGCUGAUCAGAUUAAUGGACAGCAGAGGCAACCUCUGCCUCCCACCUGGAACCAGCAGUCAGGGGAUCACCAGUUCACCCAAGGAGAUUAUACGUACACGAGCAUGGGCACAGAUAAAUCUAUAGAGACCAAUGACUUCUCCACAGAGUAUGAGUCUAAACCAUAUUCUCAAGAAUCUAAUAACCAUGUGGAAUGUAACGGAGACGGAGGAUACAGAGAUGUGCAAAACCAUGGGGACCAAAAUACCAGAAACCAAUUUCAGCCUGGAGCUGGAGACAAUGUUGCCAAUCAGUACAAGGCCAGUUACAAUCCUCACCAUCCUGCCCACCAGCCAAAGAUGUUUAACCCACAGGUUGCUCGCCAAGGCGCUCAGUUUGACCUUCUGCAGAGAGAAUUCCUCGACUCGACACAACAAACUUCUGACCGGGAGCAACUCGCUCAGCUGCAGAUUUUAAACAAAGCUCAGCAGAGACAAAUUGAAGACUUGGAGCAAAAACUGGAAGAUUCAAGGCGUAAUAUGAGAUACAUCGAGCAUCAGUUUGCAAUUGUCAAAGAUGAAAAGGAUGGCCUAGCAAUCAGUCUAAAGGAAUCAAGUCGAUUGGUUGAAGAGGUAAAGGAGCAAGAGGUGCAGAUGAAAAAUAAAGUGAAGGCUAUGGAGCAGCAAAUACAGGUCCUUACUGAGAGAGACCAUGAGAACCUGAGGAAGCAGAGGGUGGCGGACGCUGCAGUGGACAGCAUGAAGCAGCAGAUGUUGGAGCUUUGUCGUUCCGACACCCUGUCCAGAGUGCGAGAGCAGCACGACCGGGACCUUACCAUCAUCAGAGAACAGCAUGACGUUGCACUGUUAACCCUGAAGCAGAAGAUGGACUCUUCUUCUCAGGCUCUGCAUGAACAGACUGAUUUCAGUCAGAGGGUACGAGAGCAGGUGAAGCAGCUGGAGUGCCAGAGAGAGGAGGAGCAACUUGAGAGGGCGAGAGUCAUCAACGGCCUCACUCAGCGACUGGAGGAGAGUCAGCAUCAAUGUGCUAAGCUACUGCAGACAACCUCAGUGCAGGAGAUGAGUCAGGUGCAAAUUAAACUUCAACAGACUCAAUCAGCCAAGGCUCUGACUGAAAACAUGAACAAAGCUUUGCAGGAGGACCUGGCCGAUUUGAAGGAGCAGAUCACUAUGUAUGAAUCUGCUGUGAAACAUGGCGUAAUUGCGUUAGAUCUGAACAGUGACUGGGAUCAUCAGCUGUCUGACUCCUGUGUGGAUUUAGGAUUAAAGAAAAUGAGCAAGAAAAAUGGAAUCCUCCAAAGCCCGGCCUUGGCUCAUCUGUCAGACUCCAAGCUGCCCAAGGACGAGGCUUCGCGGCUGCUGCGUGUGGAGAUGCAACGCUGUCUGAGUAGUCUGAAAGGGAAGCGGCAAAAAAUCACUCAGCUGCAGGGGGAGCUUCAGCACUGUCAGAGCCAAGUAAAUGAACUCAGCAGUCAGUUAGAAGAAGCCAAGCUGAGCUCUUCGGUCAGAGAGAAAAGUCAGAUGAAACCUCUCGACAUGACUGGAGAGUCUCACAAAGAGUUGGUGAAACUACAGGAAGAUAAGAAACACUUGCAGGAACAAGUGGAGAUGCUAGAGAAAAAGAAUCAAGAGCUGAAACAGAGUGAGGAGAAGGUGAGGUGUGCCAACGCAGAGCUGUGCUCUAAGAUGAGGGAGAUGAUCCAGGAGCUGGACCAAGAAAAGCAGGAGGCUGCUCAGAGAUCUGAACGGAUUCAUCAGCAGUACAGGGAUGACGUAGUGAACAGGGUCCAAACUGAGCUCAUGCUGGAACAUGAUGCUCAGGUUGAACAGCUGACUGCACAGCACCUGCAGCAGAUCCAACAGUUACAGACCCAGCUAUCUGAGGCCAAUGAUAAGAUGUUGGCUGUACAAGAAUGUUAUAUAUCUGUCUGCAAAGAGAAAGACAUGGUCGAAGAAGGAAUACACAACAGGGAGAAGGAGGAGGCUUUGAUCAGAAAUAUUGAGCAAAAAAUGAGAGAGGAGAGUGUUUCAGCUGUGGAGAAGCUUAGGUCGGAGCUGGAUGCUCAGCAUCAGGCCUCAGUAAACCAACUGAAAGCUCUCUGGUCCAAACAGAAGGAGGCUGAGAUCCAGCAGCAGGUGAACUCUCAUGUAGCCUCAGCCAAGGCUGCGUGUAGGGAGGAAGUGGAAAAAAUGGAGGAGGAAAGGAGGGAGAAGCACAGAGAGACUGCUGAGGUAACCUGUCAGACAGAGGAGGACGAGGGCAUCAGUGAGACGACUACUCCUGAGGAGUUGGACUCCAGGCUCAGCGCCCUGAAACAACAGCUGCAACUGGAGGCUGACAAAGUCAAACGUAAGGCUGUGGAGGAGGCCAGGAAACAAGUCCAGAGAGAGCUUCAGGAGAAUCAUCUGGAGGACAUGGCUAAGCAGGUUGAAGGUGCAGUGACCAGGGCCUACAAUCGCUGGAUCGAGGAUUUGACUUCAUUACCAGAAUAUCAAGCCUCUCUCCAAACAGAGAAAGAGAAAUGGGAAGAACUGCAAGAAAAACACACUGAACAACAAGUGUCCCAGGCUCUGAGGGCGGCAGAGGAGCAUUGGCAUAAGAAACACAAGAACCAGCAGGAGGAGCAGAGCUCUGGAGCGCAGAGGCUGGAGGAGCUACAAGAGGAGGUGCUGACACUCCAGUGCCAGGUGGAGCAAGUGAGGAGAGCACAAGCUGCCCUGAUGAAGGCCGAGCUGGCCGGAGCUAGAGCGGUCUGGAACAGAGACAAACAGCAGGAGAUCUCCGUCAUUCAGUUCCGCAGUGAGCAGGUGUAUCACACCAAGCUGCAAGAGCAACACAAGAAGCUGGAGCAGGCCAGAGAGGACGCUGAGCUCCAGAAGAAGGAGCUGCUCCUGCAGAUGGAGGCCAAGCUUCAGGAGACUCUGAGGGUCCGAGAAGAGGAGUGGAGAUGUCGGCACGCUGAGAGUGAGCUGACUCAGAGACAGCAGAUGAGGGAGGAACUGUUGGUAGAGCUUCAAUCUGCAAUGGCACAUGUCCAGGCACAACUUCUUGGAGAUCCCAAAACUGAUCAGCAGGGCACUGAAAACACCAGGAGGACCAGCGAGGCCGCAGCAGAGACAACAAUAACACAGGUCCUCCAAACAUCCUGCAAAGACGUGGUCAGCAGGGCGAUAUCCCAGACCAAGAAGGAGUGGAAGAAAAUCAGUGAGGAGAGACUCAUCCGUGUGUUAAAAGAAACACAGAAACAACAUGAACAAGAAAUGGACAAAAUGCUGAGCUCUUUGUCGCAGAGGAAGGAGUCGGCUCGCUGCAGGAAGGAGUGCUCUGAGACUUCAAGCAAACUGCAGAAGAAAAACCAGGAGCUCCAGAGACACUUGGAGAAAGCCUGCCGUCAACUCCAGCUCAGUGUUCGAGGACACAAAACCACAGUGCAGCGCCUCAAAGACGAGCAUGAGCACAGCUUACAGAAGGCGAAGGAGGAACAUCUGCAGCAGCUGGAAGAAGUGAAGAAAGCCAAAGAAUCCUCAGGGAGUUCUGAUCUUCAGCAAGGCCUGGAUGAGAUGAAGCAGCAAUAUUUGAUGACUGUAGAAAAGAUCAGAGAGGACAUGCUGCGUUACCUCCAGGAGAGUCGGGAGCGAGCAGCAGAGAUGAUCCGCAUGGAGGUGCAGAGGGAGCGACAGGACACGGCCAGAAAGAUGCGGCUUUAUUAUCUGACCUGUCUGCAGGAGCUACUGGACGAUGGAGGAAAACCCACAGGAGCUGAAAAGAAAAUAAUGAAUGCUGCAAGCAAGCUGGCGGCCAUGGCUAAAGUGCUAGAGACGCCUGUCCGAGGUAAAUCUGGAAAGAACUACAGUUUACCAACAGAUUGUUCAACUACUGUAUCCACUGUUGGUUGCCCUCCAGUUCGAAACGCAGCUUUCAACAUGAACCCGUCAACCCUUCCCGAGCUUCCUGACAUCAGAGCAGAGGAGAGAAGAGAAAAGACGUCAGCUGACCCAGAGCAGAAAGCAGCUGCUGCAGACAGGAUUAAACCUUUGAGCCACCAGGACAGUUCCACAUCUGGGAAGGAGGCGGCCCCAGAGGACGCAGCCACGAAACCAAACCAAACCCAAACUUCUGCUCGCACGAACCCUCUCUCCAACAAACCGUCCAAACAGACGACCUCUUCGCAUCACAGGGCGCCUCCAUCCCAGGUGAACUCAGUCGGUGCAUCUGCGAGGAGCAAGAGCAGGGAGCUGUACCUGCAGGGAGCCGACUACCACCCCGACUCAGAGCAACAGAGCAAAGCUUUUCUCGUCCAUGAGGCUCCUGUGAGAGGUGAGAAACACACGGACUGGAGCAUGACCAGCAGCGACUCAGAUAGAAGCUUCCCAGUUCCCCGACUCUCUUUCUCAGGGAGGAAAGUAGAACCUGUGAAGCCGUUUUCCGUCUCUGUGACAGCGGCCAGCGACUUUAAAGAGUUCGGUGGUCUCUCCGCGGAUGCGUCCGACCUGACAGUUUAUAAUGAAAUCGCCAAGAAGACGCCUCAAACCCAGACUUUAAACUGUCCCAGUGUGAAGAUAAGUAGCCACAGAGAGCCCACCCCUGGCUCUGAGGCUGAGCAGCAGCAAAGAGUUGCUUCCAGGCCUCUGUUUUCCGAGCUGAGGCAGCGGCAGCAGGACAGCGGCUUUGAAAGUCCCUUAUACCAACAAAAAUACUAAGUGUAGAGGCAGAUAUGAGGGGAAAUAUGAAGUAGUCAAAACUGACUGGAUGAUUUCACUUACAUUACCAAAUAGUGCCUUCAAUACAGUGUACACAGUUUACAUGAGUGUAGAACGUUUGUCUUUUAAGUUGAUUGCAGUGUUUUUAUGUCUGUUGUGUUAAGAUCGUUAAAGGAAUAGUUUGACAUAUUGGCGAACACAUUUAAUCACUCCCUUGUUGAGUUGGAUGAGAAAGUUGAUACUAGUAUGUUUGUAAGCUAAACAUGAAGCUACAGUGAGCAGCUGGUUAGCUUGGUUAACAAGAUUCAAUGAGAAAACGAGCUGUCAAGUGAGCUGCAGAGGAGCAGGUGGGUGGAUUCUGUUCACUUCGUGUGUUCCCCCCGCUUUCAUUUCAUUUGUGCUUUUUUUAUUAUUGCUAAUAUUCAACAUUCAACUGUCGACAAGAAACAAACAUACAUAUUUGUCAAUAAUGUCAAACUAUUUCUUUUAAUGUAAAAGAACCAGAGUUUCUCUCUGAUUUGUACGAUCUGUCACCUCAGGCAACACUCCAAAACCGUUUCUCUUUUUCUCUUUCUCCAUCACAUUUCAGUCCCGUUUUAAAUAAACCGCAGCUGCAGGUCUGUCCUGAAACGCUGCCAGCACUGUGCUGCUCUUCACAUCCUCAGCAGGAGCAGCAGAAACUGUGAGAUUAGUUAGUGCUCAGUGUCUUUGCUGUCUCACUGUUUGCCCGAGAGAUUUGAUAAACACAGCCGUGAUAAGAUAGUUAGUUAGUUAUGAAUAUCAGUGUUACCUGAUGGAGGUUAAUGUCCAUGAGUGUUCAGGUGUUUCUUUCCUGAUAUACCUGACACGUACAUCAGGGGUUUGUGCACUUUGAAAAGAAUGUCUUCAGGUCUAAAGUCGCAGCUCUGCCCACCAUGAAUUGGAACCUGUGACACCUUGCAUGAGAGACGCUGGCAGCUCGCCUCCAUAAACGCACUGAGUGUUAGAUAAAGUCAACGUCUACUCAAAGCUUAUGUCACAGUUUUUUUUCAAUCUUUCUCCAAGACUUAGAUUUUAGUUUGUUUUAGGUUUUUAUAUUUUGUAAAUAUGUUUGUCUUAUUAAUGUCAUGCUGUGCAUAGAUUAUGAAUGUUUUAUAUUUAUAUAUAUUGCUUUAUUUCACUUGAAUAAAUCUUAUCAUUUUCUUGCAAA